GCCUCGCCGUUAUCUUCGUCACUCUGGCCGUGCAGAGCGCGACUCAACGCAACAGAAAGAGAUCCUCUUCCUCUCUGCAUUUCUGAAUUCUUGCACUUCAUCCUUCCGUUUCUAUGCCGAAACGCCUGCCAGUUCUGCGCUCCGAAACUUAAACUUGCUGCCACAAAGAACGGAUAGCCAUAGGAGAUUGUCCAUGAGUAAUUUAUGUGGUGGUCGCUAACUUUGUGCAAGUGGUUAUGCAACUUGAAUGAAGUCAGUUUUGAAGCAUGAAUGAAGAAGUGGUUGAUGGGGGAACACCUUUGGAAGUGGUUGAGGGUGUGCAACAUCAGAGUAAAGAGGAUGAAUAUUCACUGAAACCUGAAAGCUUCCCAUUGGUCAAACCCGAAGAAAUUCUGGCAACAGCUGAAGCUGACUACUCCCAGAUCCCACCGCAAAAAUAUGAUGAUAUUCGACAGGGUAGAAAUGUUAUCGAAACUAUGAGCCAUGCAACUACAUCAGAGCAUCAGCAUCUUGACCAAUUUUUUGCUGAUGAAGGUUUCAUGGUUCAAGAAUUAACGGUGAAAAGUUACAAUGGCUCAAGUUUAGAUAUUGGUACAUCAAACAGACGGGAGGGGUUUUAUAAUAGGCAGAGCCAAUGGGGGAAUCUUUAUCAGCUAACUGGUGAUUCGGGAGCUGGGAAUUCACCAAGUCAUACUGGGUACAGAAAUAACGUUUUGGCUACCUCUAAUGCAUGGGAGGAUGGUGGGUCUACAUCUUUCCCAGAAUUGUUGGCUAAAAAAUCACUUAGUGAUGACCAGAGCAAAGUUAUAGAACACUUGACAACAGUUGAAAAGAAAGGGGGUGCAGGUGAUGUUCACGGAGGAAUACGAACAAAAAUUAUAUCCAAGUCAGGAUUUUCUGAGUAUUUUGUUAAGCAUACAUUGAAGGGUAAGGGUAUUAUAUGUAAAGGUCCAUCUUCUGACGGCUUCCAUGUAGGCUCUAGAGAUCGGAAUCAGAUGAAAGUUGGCAUUAGUACUACUCAGAUGGAUUCUAAUGGAUCAUUGAGCUUUGCUUCCAAAACUGAGAAGUCAUCUUUUAGUGCUGCCAUGCCUAGAUCUGAUGGGUCUGACUGCAAUGGCGUGAUUUUGAGAGAGUGGUUGAAAGCUGGGCACCAAAAUGUAAGCAAAGCUGAGCGGUUGCAUAUAUUUAGAAAUAUUGUUGAUCUGGUUGAAAGUACUCACUCUCAGGGAGUAGCAUUGCAUAACCUGCGGCCAUCUUAUUUCAGAUUGCUCCCAUCACACCAGAUCAUAUACCUUGGCUUACCCAUCCACCAGCAGAUAUCUGAAGGUGUUGUGAAUUGUGAAAUUCUUCCCUCAGAAGAUUCUUUGGUUAGAAAAAGGACAUUAGAGCAGGUAUUUUAUCCGUCUCUUGAUAUGUGGUCAAAGAAACAAAAAUUUAAUGAGAGUGUGACAGUUGCUGGGGAUUGGAGUCAGUUUUCUCCAAGAUCUGACACAUAUUUUCGAACUGCUAGUGAUGGUAAAGUCAAUGCAGUUGGACCACAGAGAAUGUCUAGCAUCCCUUGCAUGUCUAGAGCAGGCCAAUUGCAGUUGGCUUCUGUAAGUGAAAGAUUGGAAAAUACAUGGUAUUCAAGCCCUGAGGGAGGUUGCACUAGAUCGUCAAAUAUUUACUGCUUGGGUGUCCUUCUUUUUGAGUUACUUGGCCAUUUUGACUCUGAAGGGGCACAUAUUGCAGCGAUGUCAGAUCUUCAAGAGAGGAUUCUUCCUCCAGGUUUCCUAUCUGAAAAUCCCAAGGAAGCUGGAUUUUGUCUUCUGUUGCUACAUCCCAAACCAUCGGCACGCCCAACAGCAAGGGAAAUCCUACAAUCUGAAGUGAUAAAUGGAUUGCAGGAGGUUUAUAGUGAGGAAAUGUCAUCAAGUAUUGACCAAGAGGAUGCAGAAUCAGGGGUAUUGUUGCAUUUCCUCGUAUCAUUGAAAGAGCAGAAGCAGAAUGAUGCCUCCAAACUGGUUGAACAAAUCAGGUGCUUGGAAUCAGAUAUUGAAGAUGUGGAGAGAAGGCAUGACUCAAGAAAAUCCUUGGUUUUGUCUAGCUCUCAGAAUAAAUCAAGUUGUCUGAAAGAGGUGCCUCUCAGCAAAGAACCUUUGCAUUUAGAAAUGCUUCCCUCAACUCCCUCAAUGUCUAAUGGAAAUGAAUCUAGACUGAUGAAAAACAUACACCAACUUGAAAGUGCUUACUUUUCCAUGAGAUCCAAAAUUCAGACUGUCGAAACAGGGUCUGGAACUCACCCAGGUCAAGAUUUACUAAGAAAUCAUGACAACUGCUAUGUGACUGGAAAAGAUGAAGGUAAACAUGGAAACGUGGAUCCUAUGGGAAGUUUUUUUGACGGUUUGUGCAAAUAUGCCCGUUAUAGUAAGUUUGAAGUCAGGGGCAUGCUAAGAAAUGCAGAUUUUAACAAUCCUGCUAAUGUAAUCUGCUCUCUGAGCUUUGACCGGGAUGCGGAUUAUUUUGCUGCUGCUGGAGUUUCAAAGAAGAUAAAAAUUUUUGAGUUUAAUUCACUGUUCAAUGACUCUGUUGAUAUUCAUUAUCCAGUAGUUGAGAUGGCAAACAAAUCAAAGCUGAGCUGUGUUUGCUGGAAUAACUAUAUCAAGAACUAUUUAGCCUCCACAGACUAUGAUGGUGUAGUUAAGCUAUGGGAUGCUAAUAGGGGUCAUGAGUUGUCUUGCUUCACUGAACAUGGAAAGAGGGCUUGGUCCGUUGAUUUCUCUCUGGCGUGCCCUACAAAAUUGGCCAGUGGAAGUGAUGACUUUUCUGUCAAGUUGUGGAGUAUCAGUGAGAAAAACAGUUUAGGCACCAUAAGAAAUGAUGCUAAUGUCUGCUGUGUUCAAUUCUCUCCUCAUUCUUCUCAUUUGCUGGCCUUUGGAUCUGCGAAUUACAUCACCUACUGUUAUGAUCUGCGCAAUCUCAGAAAUCCUUGGUGUGUGUUAGUUGGCCAUGAUAAAGCCGUAAGCUUUGUCAAAUUCUUAGACUCACAGACAUUAGUCUCGGCAUCCACUGAUAAUACAUUAAAGGUUUGGGAUCUUAAUAAAACCUCUUCUGAGGGUCCAUCCACUGGUGCCUGCAGCCUAACCCUUUCAGGACACACUAAUGAGAAGAAUUUUGUAGGUUUAUCAAUUGCUGAUGGAUACAUAGCAUGUGGUUCAGAAACAAAUGAGGUUUAUUCAUACUACAGAUCUCUUCCCAUGCCAAUCACUUCGCACAAGUUUGGGUCCUUGGAUCCCAUAUCCGGGAGAGAGACUGAUGAUGACAAUGGUCAGUUUGUUUCAAGUGUAUGUUGGAGGGGCAGUUCAGAUAUGGUUGUUGCUGCCAAUUCAAGCGGGUGUAUAAAAGUGUUGCAGAUGGUUUAAGGUAGUCCUAGGUGAAGAUUGGCUUCCAACUGGGGAUUCCCUCUCUCCCUGAGGCCACUGAGGCCAAUACCACCAAUUAGCCCGGGGUGUAUUCAGAUUGUAUCAACAUCUUGAGCUCUGGCUGAAGUUUUGAUGUUGAAAGAUGAGUUUAAACCAUGAAAGAUUGGAUGGAGGAAGAGAUCGCAAACCGAAUCCCGAUUUUCCAGUUUGAACAUUGAAUACAUGAGGAAGCUAACUUAAAACCAGAAAUUUUUGACGUUCUUUUGUAGAGAAGGCCUGUUAUAAUACGCAAUAUCUGGAUGAUCAUUAAUAAAACAGGGAAGCCGAUUCAAGAGAAAAAUUAUGACAAGUGAAAGUGGCUGGGCUUUAGUUGCUUUGGAGCAUGAAGAAUCCUACUAGAAGAAUUUGCUCACCAUAUGUGCUUAUCUGAGCCAACAGAAAGUUGUAGUGCGGUCCUUUUCAAGGUUUUUUUAUUCUAAUGAAGGACUUGCAAUUUUAGGCUUGUAGCAAACAUGUUUGGUCAUCAACGCAAAGCGGGACCUUUAUCACUUUCAAGGAAGAAGCUUCAAGAAAUUUGAUAUCGUACUCAAUACUUGUAUAUAGCACACUAGUAUAACAAUGACCAUUGACGAUGUUUUAUAUAGGAUGCUUAUAAAUGAUAGCAUAUUUGUGCCACUCUGUUAAGUUUUCAA